AUGAGACGGGCUUAUCAUCGAGGAGUUCCUACUGCGGUCAUCUUUGUUGAUUUGCGGGCGGCCUUCCACUCGGUUGUGAGGGAAAUCGUCUUGGGCCCGAAGCUCGGAGAUGGAAAGGAUAGGUGCAUUCUUGAGGAAGCUCUGCUUCGAGAAGGCUUUGCGCAGGAGAUAGUGGAGAAGCUUGUGAAUGCACUGGCCAUUCUUCCUGACUGCAUGAUGACAAAACUUCUUCGGGAAUUGCAUAGCCGCACUUGGGCAACUCUGAAUGGUGAGGCGGUCCGUACUACACGAGGUACCAGGCCGGGUAGCCCUUUGGCUGAUGCCAUGUUUCAUUGCCUCAUGGGUCCAGUGGUUGCUGACUUGGAGAGGACCAUCAGCGCUCGGGUGCAGCAGCAACAGAUGAGACAACAGUGUGAUACCAUUGGGGCACAGAUUGUCUGGGCAGAUGACUUGGCGGCGCCGGUCCUAGCUUCCUCCAAUGAAGAGCUGCUAGGAGAGGUUGGGAGCAUUUUUCUUGAGGUGGAGCUCGCCUUUGAACAGAGAGGGAUUACUCUUAAUAUGUCCAAGGGAAAGAGUGAAGCUUUGUUGACGCCAGCUGGAGCGGGAGCAAAGCAACUUCGAGAACAGCUUCGUCUGCAACCGCGUUUGGAGCUUGACAGCUUUUGUUUGGGCCCUGGUCAACGGGCUCUGAUGCAGCUCUUUACCAACUCUGCUUUGAAGGAAGCAACACGGCUGUUCCUCCUUGAAGCUUUGGUCUUCACCAAGCUCUAUUACGGGUGUGGCUCUUGGCCUCUCCUUCGUGCGCAAGACAUGCGACGUCUUCAAGUAUGUCAAGGCAAUAUGCUGCGCCGAACACUCCGGCAGAAUAAGGUGGAGGGGAACAAAGUCAUGUCAGAUGUGGAGAUCCUGAUCAGGGCUGGCUGUGUGCCAGUUAGGGUUAGGCUUGCUCAGCAUCGUCUUCUUCUUGCAGCCCGGUUGGCACGACAUGGUCCACAGUUUGUACUGCAGGAACUCCAAGGGGAGGCAGCAGAGCUAUCAGAUGGAUGGCAUACUGGCCUUGCCGAAGAUCUACAGUGGCUUGCAUCUGCCAUGGAUCUGAGCACAUGGGGCACUGCCUUUGAGGAGCUCCGAUCUCACUGGGUCAAGGGACGACCGGGGUGGAAGCGAAUUGUGAAGCAGGCAGGCUUGAAAUAUGUCAUGCUUUUGCCUCGUUUGUGUGGUCGUGCCUUAGUUCGAGGUGGAGAGGAGGACACCCUUUUGGAUCUCCUUCAUCAGGCUCAAUUUCGAUGUGAAUGUGGGAUGCUUUUUGGGAAUAGCAGGGCUCUCAGGUUGUACCGCAUUCAGAAACAUGCUUGGCGCAAUGCUGAACAUGGACGCAUUCACGGGGCAACGUGCCCUGUUUGCCUUCGCCAUUAUUGGACGGUCAACAGGCUGCAACUACACCUGCGCUAUGUCUCCAGGCAGGGUCGUCCAAAUCGGUGUGGGGCAUGGGUCCGCUUGUUUGCUCUUUUUGAAGCUGAGCGGAUGGACCUCCCAGCGGACAACUUUGUGGCUCUCCCAGGGGCCACGAAAAAGGAUGCCAUAGCGCUUGUUGGACCGCGUGUCCUAGGCGCGGAUGAGAAUGACCUCAACUAUGUCGAGCAGGAGUUCAUGCAGCUUGGACAGGAUUUGCUGUCGAAGGGG